UAUAGUAUUUGUAUUACCUACAGUUUAAGGCGCGUAUAAAUUGGUCGCUCGGCGACCCCGUAAUGUUGUCAGUAUUUCUCUAAUGAAACCAUUGAAAAUAUCGACUGACUCAUUUGAGGCCGAUCCGCUCGCACCAAACAGUCUGCUCUUGGCCGAACCAUUAUUGUAAACAACGUUCUGUAAUGUUUAUUUUUGUUGAUUGGCUCAUGUGGGCUGGUGGUGAAUCGAACUUUACUAUCGGAAUCGCCUGUUCGUAGAAACAGCGAGCACAAGUCGCGGAAAUGAAGCCGACACCGCAUCCCACAGCCAACACUUUCCUGUUCUUGGGCGAUAAAGAUGUGUCGCAAAUCAGCGGCAUUUGGAAGGCUAUACACAUUUCCAUCUACGUCGCCCUGGCUGUAGUGGCCUUUGUAACUUCCAUGGCCGCAGGCAACAUGUUUCAAACUUUCAACUACAACUGCGUCUUGUACUGUACGGAGAUUCAAUUCGAAGUUGUCCAAUUGGAGGCUGGGGAAGUCGAAGAGCGCAACGCCACUGUGGGGAACCAAUUGGAGAAUGCCACGCAGGUUGCUCUCAACUCUGACGCGGAGUGGGGGAAUCAAUCCAAGAGCCAGGCUCUAAAUGGAACGGCCUUCCAGGCCAGCAUCGACUUGAGUAAGACUGUCUUCCCGCCCCACUAUUGGUGCAACUUCGUCCUGGCCACCGCCUUGAUCAGUUUCAUCUUCUCCACGUUCUGCGUCGUUCUGCUGGCCAUGUGCUCCAAAGGAGGCAAAGGCCACGACAACACGUUGAACCGCCCGCAAAACAUUGUCUACCCCAUCUUGGUGUCCUCCAUCAUCCUGCUCGUCCUCAACUCAGUGGCUUCUUUAGUGGUCAAGCGGGGCAUGCAGCAGUUUUGUGCGACUUUCCAGGACUUCGCCCACCAGGACAGCUGCUCCUCUUCGAUCAACCUUUUCACCAUUCAUGAGAGGCAGCGCGAUUUCUACACCCCUUAUCUGGUACUGGCCCAUGCCUUCAAUAUCGCGAUUAUUCUGAUCACAGGCCAGUUGGUCCUCACUCUGCUGAGGGUGAUUUAUGCUGUGGAUUAUCAACUGUAUGCGCUUGAAGCCAGGGAGGAUCGCCUCGAACUGGAAGGCGAAAUUUUGGAGAGCGAACGCGCCCUUUGAACCUCCUGAUGCGCCUUUGCUGCUAAAAAGUUGCUAAAUAAACAGACAGUAAUUUAUCGGUGCGCUGCCGGGGUUUCUCGUUGGGCCACUCGCGGUUUUUGAGACCGAGAUUCAGAGCGACACCCUAGAAAUGGCGAGUGGCACAACUAGAAACCUGCAGGUUUACAACUCAAUUUCGACUGCUUUUAAAACUCUUGUAUAAUAAACUCCAGGAUUGCGAAUUAACGCCAACA